UCAAAACUGUCAAAACACAACGUGUGUGAGUGGUGUGAGUGUAAAAGAAGUGUCUUGCUAUUUAUUUACAUUUUUCUCAAACCCUUGAACGGUUAUAACUUAAAACAAAUCGGAAAAUGGGAGACCAUUCAAGUGACGACGAUGAAAUCAUUGAAGAGAUACCCGUGUACAUAUCGAAAACAUUGUCCGAUCAACUGUACAUCUUCCAAUAUCCAAACAAAAAGACGAGUUUCAAUAUCGACACAGCUGAAGUGGUGAAAAGUUGCAUCAAACCACUGAACCAAGACGUGAAAAUUGAUUUUGCACUCAACACAGCAUCAUUGCAUUAUGAUGCAUUCAAAGGUGAACAGUUUGCAAUUGCAGCUGAUGGUCAGAAACAUAGCCGAUCCGAGCGCCCAUCAUUUCGCAACGAAACAAUGGACAGGCAAUCGUUCAUCAGCACGAAACCAAUGGAAAAUAUCAACAAAUACGUUCUCGGUAUACUGCACAAAGAAGACAAUCGUAACGAAAUUCAUGCCGUACCGUUGACUGGUAUCUUGCAAAUGCGACCGAGUUUCUCCUACUUUGAUAAAUCGGAUAAAAGGCAGAAGGCAGAGCAAAAGGCUGAAAAUGAAGCCGAUAUGGAUGAGGAGGAACCGACUCAAAUUACAGUGAAAUUUGCGCGCCAGGAAAACGAGAACGUUCGGAAGGCGCGAGAGAAAUCGUUCAAUUUUCUAUCGAAAAAGUUUGCGGAUGAAGCUUGGUGUGAAACGAUGUGGUACACGAGGGAUUCGCAUCAAGCUGAAUUGGAACGACAAAAACUGUUCACAGCAAUGAAUCAACCGUCCGAUCAAUCUCUCUGCCUUACCAACGAAGAUUAUCUGAAGUCACUCAUUCCACCGGAACGUUCAAAGAUUGACAUCGACUCGCUGCUGCCAACAAAUGUGAUAAGUAUGACAAAGCUGAAACAGCUGUCUCUGUCGGAUCAAAUCCGUGUCAUUUUGACUGAUGUUAAGGUCGUGCGAUUCGAUUAUUUGAUGGGCAUUCUAUCUGACAAAUCCAUGGACAAAACAUUGACAGCCGAAAAAGUGCUCCGUACGCUUCCUUCUGUUGGUUUGCUGGUCAAAGGAAAUUGGAUUGUUCUGUCGGAAAUUCUCUAUCCCGCCGAUUCUGUCUCAAGCAUACACGGAGUUCCAGCUGAAUUUAUGUGCCGAGCUAGAGACUAUGUGCUCUAUCAAUUCUCGAAAAUGGAUUAUGUCAGUCGACAAAAGGUGAUACUGAACACUCAACUGCCAGCCGACGAAGUGAAGGAAAUUCUGUUAACCGUUGCCAAAUUGGACACAUCGAAAAACAAAUGGCAGUUGUUGCAGCCGCCGGAUCUUCAAUUUGAGAAAAACAAUCAAGAACUGAAGCAACGUCAAGAUGUCUACUGGCGGGCGAAGGAAUUGAAAUUCCAAGAAAUGGAAAUGGAUCAGAAAUCCCAAUCGAAACGUCAGCGUAAGAGGUCGAUUCGUGAGGGUAAAAGUGAUGCGGUCAAAUGAUUUAAUUCGAUGAAUAAAUUCGACAGAUGCGGAAGAGAA